UCGUGGAUGUCGGCACAGUUUUGUGUGAUCCUCAGCAACAUGAAGACUUUUAUUGUACUCGCCGUUUGCCUCGUUGCGGCUCAGGCCCUCACUGACGAGCAGAAGGAGAAGCUAAAGAAGCACAGAUCAGAAUGCUUGACUGAGACGAAGGCCGAUGAACAGUUGGUGAACAAGCUGAAGACGGGAGAUUUCAAGACCGAGAACGAGCCUCUGAAGAAGUAUGCUCUCUGCAUGUUGAUCAAGUCUGAGCUGAUGACCAAGGACGGAAAGUUCAAGAAGGACGUGGCUCUUGCCAAAGUUCCAAACGAGGCUGACAAACCAGCAGUGGAGAAGCUAAUCGACACCUGCUUGGCUAACAAGGGCAACACUCCCCACCAGACCGCAUGGAACUACGCUAAGUGCUACCAUGAAAAAGACGCCAAGCAUUCCGUUUUCCAAUAAACUGCGAGGACUAAGAGCUAGCGCGUACGAUGUAGCCUCUUGAUGACCUUGACUCGCUAUACAUAGAUUUACUACAGGAUUUUAUAACCUAGUACGCGUUUCCUCUAACUAGUCCAGAUAUUCAUGUCA